AUCCAACCAUCUUCUCCAAACAACCCCCCCCCCACAACGCCAUUUACACCAUGGAGAAUGCAAUGAAGAGCUGGGAGUUAGAAAACUCCAUCAAGCUUGUCGACCCCACCCGCGAUGCCCUCUACAACUACUCCACCGCCGACCAGAAGGCCAUCAACGAUGCACGGCCAUGGAAGAGCGACGCGAACCACUUCAAGCAUGUCCGCAUCAGCGCCGUCGCUCUACUCAAGAUGGUCAUGCACGCGCGCUCCGGCGGCUCCAUUGAGGUCAUGGGCUUAAUGCUCGGCUCGAUACACGGCGACACGUUCGUCGUGACCGACGCGCUCCGCCUUCCGGUUGAGGGCACCGAGACUAGAGUCAACGCACAAGACGAAGCCAACGAGUACAUGGUGCAAUAUCUGCAGCGCGCGCGUGAGGCUGGGCAGCUCGAGAACGCUGUUGGAUGGUACCACAGUCACCCUGGCUACGGAUGCUGGCUAUCUGGAAUUGACGUCGGUACGCAAGCGACGCAGCAGCUGUUCAGCGACCCAUUCCUCGCCGUUGUCAUCGACCCCGACCGCACCGUCAGCGCUGGAAAGGUCGAGAUCGGCGCCUUCAGGACCUACCCGGACGGCUACAAGCCCGAGGGCGCGACCACUGGCGACGGUUUCCAGACGAUUCCGCUGGGCAAAAUGGAGGACUUUGGCGCGCAUAGUAGUCGGUACUAUUCGCUUGAGGUGUCUCACUUCAAGAGCACGCUCGACAGCAAGAUUCUCGAGAGCCUGUGGAACAAGUACUGGGUCGGCACGCUGACGUCCUCGCCGCUCCUGACCAACCGCGAAUACGGCACCAACCAGAUCGCUGAUGUGGCGCGCAAGAUAAUCGAUGCGGAGCACCACAAGCAGAACCACGGCAUGGGGGUGUUGGGCAAGUUGAAGAGUGAGAGGCAAAACACGGGCAGCGACGAGCGGCUGGAGAAGAUUGCCAAAGCGAGCGAGAAGAUUGCCCGUGAGGAGCGCAUGGGCCUGUUGGCGGCGGAUGUAAAGGAAAAGGUGUUUGUGGGGGCGGGAAAGACCACGACGACGCAGAUCCAGGAUGACGGGGAUACGGAAAUGAAGGCUUGAGGGUGGCUUUUAUUGUGUCAGGGCUGCACGCACACAUGAGGAACAAUGGUCAUGACGGCGGAACAUCGAGCUUGAUUUGAGGCAUUUGCUUGGCGUUUGAGAUGGGAGGGGUUCUGGGACUUGAAAACACACCAGCAAAGCACGGCGCAAGACGCUUGCUUUCCUAACAGCGAUUACCUAGUAAGUAGAAAGAUCGAACAAGGAGCUGUGCUGAGUGAGCACGGCCGCAGAUUCGGCCUUCAAACCUCCGGCGGGACUAUCUUGCUACCAUGCUUUGACUUGCAGCAGUAGCUUACCUAAAUUACUCGAUUGCCGUUGCAUUCGGUUUGGAAUUGAGUGAUUGCGCGGAGUGGCGUACUGCUGUAGCUGAAGGUAAAUGUUGGACGGAUGAGAUCAUGGCGCAGUUGAAAAAUAGGGGGGGCCUGGGGACGGAACAGAAGGUGGCAUUGACGUCGGGAAUUCAACAGAGAUUCCAAUGCAGACAGG